AUGGCCUUCCGGGACGACCGCGGUGAGCAGAGCCCACCUAAAGGCAAAAUGGGUGGGCUAUCUCCGUGUACUGUUGUUAAGCUUGUCGUUGUCCUGGAUUGGUGCUUUGUGGUUGUCUAUGGCCAUCCCAUUUUCUGGGACAUCGACGUGCUCACUGUUGCAGUUGUUGUUGCUGCAAGAGCGUGA